AUGGAUCAUCUUGAAGCCAAAAAACAAACGAAAGGUUGGGAAGACGAGGAUCCAGCUUAUGUUGCUCGAAAGAGAGUGUUAGUCGAUGCGUACAUUGAGGCCAGAUGCAAAUACUAUUGGCAAUUAGAGCCUGUCAUGGGCCAACAAGACAAGGCUACGAGGCUUGCUAGUGUUAACAGUGCUCGCCGGGCCAAUCCGGACGACUCUUUAGCCUGUUUGGGUUUACCUGCCGAUGAUCAACCCGUACAGGAGAUGUUAGAUGUGGAAGAUACACAUGGCUUAGAGCUAAGAAAUGACGAUGAUCACUCACAAGCAUCAAAUGAAGAGGAUUAA